CACCCUAUAAAUGGCAAUUCUCUCAACUACUCUCAUCAAAACCUCCAUUUUCCAUUUCUGUGCUGUCUCUUGUCUCUAGAUUCUACAGAUCUUUCUCCUUCAAUUCGACAUGAUCAACGAUUGUAAAGACUUGCAUGUUCUCGCCGUUGACGAUAGCAAUAUCGACCGGAAGGUUAUCCAGAGGCUUCUCCAGAUCUCUUCUUUCAAAGUUACGGUUGUUGAAAGUGGAAGCCGAGCUUUACAGUAUCUCGGUUUGGAUGAAGACAAGAACUCCGAUCGAUUCGAUGAUUUGAAGGUGAAUCUGAUAAUGACAGAUUAUUCCAUGCCUGGAAUGACAGGAUUUGAACUGCUCAAGAAAAUCAAGAAUUCUUCAACACUGAGAGAGAUACCAGUUGUUAUCAUGUCAUCUGAGAAUAGUCUUACACGCAUCGACCGAUGUUUGGAAGAAGGGGCUGAGGACUAUCUACUGAAACCGGUGAAGCUCUCGGAUGUUACACGCUUGAAGAACUCCAUCUUAAAAUCCGGAUCUGGUGAGAUUACGGGCAUACAAACCAAUAAGAGAAAACAUAAACGUGAUCAAUCACCGUUACCAACAUCCAUCGAUUGCCACACACCUCCACCAGCUUCACCUCAACACUCGUUAGAGAAGCGAGCUAGAUUGUAGUGGUACAACCCUCCGUUGUACAAAUUCUUUUUUGUUAAUAUCUGGAUCUAACCGAUGCCCCCUUUUUGACGAACCUAGUUCAAUUUGUUUUGAAUACGCUACAAACAAUGUAUACGUUACCUUAACAUCCCAUGGCAGGAUCGAUUUAGGUCAAAUGACAUAUGUUCUCGUUGUAAGCGUUGUUCUUCCAUCAUUACAAUGUAGGUGUAAUACUUUUCAAGAAUCAUAGUGUUAUUUAUGAGCGAUUUUAAGAGGGCAUUUGAAUGUGCGACGUAAAAAGUAGUUAUUUUAGUUAUUGCUAAUUG